CAUAACGACCAUCGCAGUCACCAACCUUCAGUUUCCUCUUCUCCUUCUUCUUCUUCUUCUUCCUCCUUUUCCAAACCAUGAGAGGCUAUCUUUCAAGCAGUAAUUCAUACUAGUCUUACCCCUAUGGCCUCAUUUCACAUCAGCGGGUUGGACAAUCCGUUCCUUACUCCAGCGUCAUUUAUCGACUACUGUGUCUGCCCACUGAUCUGAAAGAGUGCCCAUAGCGAUGUCACACGAGAGCCAGGACUCAUUUUGGCAGACAGAAUACUCAUCGGAAGGCUCUGAAGCUAGUUACCUGACACCCGAGCUCACGGAUUCUUCGGAGGAUGGCGAAUCCAAGACCUCGUCCGAACCGCCUGCUACGCCUCCCACCCUCAUAGGGCCUGACUUUCGCUCGCGACCCGAUAUAUACACUCCUUUGGCCCUUACUGAGACACCAAACGAUAGAAAACUUGCUCCCAAAGUUAUUUUCAAAGCAAUCAAUAAUUUCUACGUUGCCAGCGACACAUGUCAAUCUCCGUCCACGACACACACCUCUUCCCAGGAUGCAACUGACCAAGACAGGAGGCGUGCGUUCAAACGGAGGGGAGCCCAUAUGAUAUCUGAUAGAUUCAUAUCAAUGCGUGGGCUCAUUGACUCUUUGCCCACACAGUUUCAAGUCGGGAGAAACCCCCUAGAAUUAAGCAGCGAGGAAAGGGUCCUGCGGCAUCGCCCACUCAGAGAGGACCCUUUCAUGCCCACGCGGCCACGAAGACCUCUAAGCAGUCCAAGGGUACCUGUUAUUCGUCCUCAUUACGGUCCCCAUCUUGUCAAUGAUUUCGCUUUUGGGGGAGGCUGUGGACUAGACGGACUACGCAGACAGAUCAGUGCUGGAGCCGUAUGGAAUGUCGGAGGCUCAUCAGCUGCUAUAGCGCAACAGCCUGGUGCGGUGUUUGGUGGGACAAACCUGCAUGCGAGUGGAACAACCGCCCCGAUGCACGCGGCCAGGUUUCUGUCGCCGGCUGCAUCAAUAGAGAGAGUACAGAAAUAUCAGUCAAGAGUUGCGCUUGCAUUGGAUAUCGACCCCGCUGCAAGAGUGCUAACAAGUUCUGGAAUUUGGCCACUACUUGAGAUCACACCGAGUCCAUCUUCUCCCAAUUACGAACGGCUCUCGCCGUUGGUUUGGAAAGAGAAUGCAUGGAAGAGGGCAGAAAGGGGUCAAUGUAAGUUCCAAAUGGGCUAGCCCUUCAUUGCCUGUCAAUGGUCUCCACGCGGGUCAUGAUGUUGCAGUGAUUUUAUUGAAUUUGGCAGGGAACAGAAAGUCGCAGGCCACUGGAUUCUCCUUUUCACAGGGGCUUUCAU